UGUACUGAUGGGUACAAAAACGUGUACACCAAGAAUGGUUGUUAAAACUAAUUUCCUUUAGACCUCUCCCUUGUGGUGAGUUGUGUGCGGAAUGGUGCACACCAAGUUGUCUUGUAAGGCUAACCGCAAUUGGGACCGUCAAUAAAUCUAAUCUUCCACCAGUUUAUACGUAUUCACUCAGUCAAUUCAGUUUUUCUCUGCAACCCAACAUCGUCAAUAUAUUUACUCUAACACAUUUUUUAUAUUUAAAUCCUUACUUUUAUUAUUAUACAUAAUUUUUAUGCCAAAUUCUAUUUUUGCGAAUAAUAAUGAUUUAAAAUGUCAAACAUUUCGGUGUAAAAAUAAAUAAAUUUGGAGUUUAAUUUUUUAACCAUGAGAUAUAUUUUUGAAAAAAAUAACCAAUAAAUGUAAAAAGUAUUUUAACAUGAAAUCAUAAUUUUAACACUUGAAUUGACUUCAGAAAAAAUGUUAGGUCUAAAAAUUUCCAACAAAUAAAAUUUCAAUUUUUAAAUUAUAUAUAUUCAAUAUCAAUGUCAUAUGAAAGGUUAUAAAAAGUUAUAAAUAAUGGUAUUUUUUUUAUUUACAUUGGAGUUCAAAUAAAAAAAAGUUAUACUAUAAUUAAAAAAAGAGAUGUUUUUAUUUCCCUGGGUCCCAUGUCCCUGCCACUUGUCCAACUGCUUUUCCUCCUACGUACUCCAGCGCAAUUCUCCUUUCGGCAGGGUGGAUCAGGGUCUUCCCAAUUCACUCAACGGGAGCCAUAUAUCACCAAUCACUCCCAUGUAUACAUAAUUUUGUUUGGGUUGGAGAACACUUUGAGGUGAAUACCUCAAAUUUGGGGUUUUCACCCCUUACAAUGUGGACAGCCUAAGAGGUUUGUCAAAAUAAACAUGUACUGAUACCUCAGCACGUAACAAAGUAAGAAUAACAAACUUUGAAUUAACAAAAAAUGUACGGAGUACUAGUAUAAUGUAAUGGUUUGUAGGUGUAGGACUCCCUAAUGUCUACAUUAACAUUAAGAGGCCGUUUGGUAACACUGUUUUUCGGCUUAGAGGUCUUAUCAGCCAACUUUUUCACCAAACACGUAAAUUUUGCUUUCGCGUACUGAAUCGUGUCAUAAGCAGAAAAAAUAAGAUUAGUUACUUUUCUGGCUGUAUUGGCUGAAGUUACUGUAGAUGACCAUUUUAGCUAUUUUUACAUAUAAUUUUUGCUUUAAUUUAUUAAUAAAAUAUAUUUUAAAAAUAUUUUUUUUCUUAAAUCAGUAGAAUCAGCCAACGCAGCCACUUCAGCCAGAACUUCAUAAAUUUCAGCAGAAUCAGCCAAAACAGCCGAUUUUCAUGCUUAAGAGCCCGUUUGGUGACCCUUUUUUUCGGUUUAUCAUGCUUAUCAGCCAGCUUUUUAACCAAACACGUAACUUUUGAUUUCGCACGCUGAAUUUUGUAAUAAGCAGAAAAAGUAAAGAUGAAGUUACUUUUCUGGUUGUAUUGGUUGAAGUUAUUGUAGAUAAUCAUUUCAGUUUUUAUUCAUAUAAUUUUUUAUUUAAUUUAUUAAUAACAAAUAAUUUAAUUUUUUUUUCAUGAAUCAGCAGAAUCAAUCACUUCAGCUAGAACUUCAUAAAUUUCAGCAGAAACAACCAAUUCAACCCAUUUUAAUGUUACCAAACGCGCUCUUAUAGAAAAAAAUCAAGAAACCAGGCAACCCAUUCCAAGAUUAGUUUUUCUCUCUCUCCCAUUUUCCUUAUUUCCAAUUAUUUAAAAAUCCUAAUUGAUGCGUAAGGGUAAACCAUCCAGAGAUUCGUUUUUAUUCACAUUUUCUUUAUUUCCAAUUAGUUAAAAAACAUUAUCCAUGUGUAUGGUGCUAUGGAGUAUGGGUGUGGCCCAGAGGCGGACCCACUAAGGGUCCCACGGGUCCCGGGACCCCGUCGACUUCGAAAAAAUUACCUAUAUAUUAUAUAUUUUAUAUAAAUUAAUUGGGAAAUGUAUAUAUAAAAUGAAAACGACCCUGGAAACAAGAGGCUGUCUCAGUAGAAUGGAGCAUGCAUUCCUAGAUUUUAGGCUGUCUAUUUCAUUUGAGGUCCCAUGUUCGAUCUCCCUAGCUACGGAGUACAUCUUUUGUUUUUUAAAAACGAUUUUAAUUAAAUAAGCCAAAAAUGACGUGGUUUUGGCACUUUUUUUAAUCCCUUAAUCAUGUGAAUUUUGUACAUGAAUAUUAGUAUUGGUGUAUCAUUUACAUUUUUAAUCUCAUAACUUUCGGCUAUGACCGUUGCUAUUAUAUUUUAUAGUAAAAUUACUAUCUUGUUAUUUUGAUCUUGUAACUAAUAUAACUAUGCAAUAUUAGAAGUUGUACACUAGAAAGUACACUUUAUGACUAAAAAUUCGACACCGUCAUCAUAUUUUCGGUAAUUUUUGUCCACCCUAAGUUAUACGUAGUAUUUUUCUACAUGUGUUAUAUUGUGGCCCUCCCUUGUACUCAAGUCUGGCUCCGUCCUUGUACACAAGGGUGAGGACCCCACGGCUCCGACUUUCUGGGUCCGCCAUUGGUGUGGCCGGUGUGGUGAUUCUGUAUUUCCCAUUUUAUUCCCAUUUUCUUUAUUUUCAAUAACUUUGGUGGUUGAUUCUUGAUUAAUACGGAGUAAUUAAAUGGACUUCAGAUCUUAUGGAAGAUAUUAAAGAAACUGAAAAUCUGGGAUGCUUAUACACAAACAAGGUAAAGGAAUAGGUUAGUGGAUUUUUUAACAUGGUUUGUGGAUUGUGAUGCUGUGAAAAAACUGGGCAACAGAAUGAAGCACAGGAGGACGAUGGUUGGGGAAAGAAAAAGCAAAAAUGAUAUUUGUACCCACUCUUAUACCCACUUUUGUACCCACCUAUGUUUGUGAACCCCGACUCACAGACAAUAUUUUGCACAAACAAAAUAUUGUCUAUGAACCGGGUUCACAGACAAAAAAAAAACAUCCACAAACAUGGUUGAUAUAAGGUGGGUAUAAGAGUAGGUACAUCAAGCAUUGUUGAAGAAAAAGAGGGGACAAAUAUUUUACAAAAUAGUAAUGAACAGUAAAAAUGCCACAUGGACAGCCCAGGUUUCGUUGUGGAUUUGACUAAACAACGUUUCCUUAUGGAUUUGACUCAGUAUUUUACUCGAAUUUAUUACUAUAUCGGCACUUGUACACUUGCAAGUUUAGCCCAGUCAAGUUUUUGGCGUCGUUGCGGGGGAAUCGAUCUUCUUUAAUGAAGUCCAAAAAAUCAAUCACUCAAAAAUUUUGAAUUUAUUUUAUUAUUCACAACUUCACUUGAUCUUGGAAGGGUUUAUUUUUGUGUCUGUAGAUAUUUCUUUGUGUUUGCAUGCAUUUGAGAAGUCGGAGUUCUAAACCUCUUGAACCACUUGAUCUUGAAAUAGAAAAAAUUUGCAAACACAUUCAGAAGGAGCAAAAAGCCACGAGGAUGAUGUCCACACUAAAUGAGAGGAAGAGGCACGUUGUUGCAACCUCCCCAUCUUCCAUUGUGCUAAGCGAGGAAGCGAGAGACCAUGAACUAAAGCAUAGCCACUUCAACGAUAUGGCUCAGUUUCAUGGUCACUUAGGGGAGAAUCCACUAAACUUUGUCACGAGUUCUAUGGAUUCAUUCAGGGAAUUCCAAGGAACAAGCUCGCCGAUGAUGAUCACAAGCUCAAAUGCUUCCUCUAUAAUCUCAAAGGGGCAGCAAGAGGAUGGUUCCUAGAGCAAGCUCCAGCUAGCUACACUACUUAGGAAAGUAUGUACAAUGUCUUCAUGUCUAAAUAUUACACGCCCACCAUGACUCAAGAGCUUAGACAACGCACUUUCAAUUUCAAACAACAAAAUGGUGAGCUCUUCCAAGUUGCAUAGCGACAUUUUAAAUCAUUGUUAAGAGAACGCCCACACCACCACAUUCCCCUUGAUCUUCAACUUGAUACGUUUUACAAUGAUUUGAAUGCACUGUAUCAAACCAUUCUAGACAACCCAAGGGCUAUAUUGGAAACAAAAAUGAAACUGAGGCACUCCGAAUCAUUGAAUCCAUUAUCUCGAAUACUCAAUUUCAAGGAGGUGAUUAUAAAGUGGUCAGGAUUAAUGAAAUCUUUAUCACAACAGAGAUAACAAAAUGCUUGAAGAAAUGGAAUCAAAGAUUGAGCAAAAUUCCAAACAGCUCUACAAGCCGUAUUUGGAGGAGUCAAACAAAUAGCCAAUGUGGAGAGCAUACCAAGCUCGGAAGGUGAUUUAUCUCAACAUCUUGAAGAGGUAACUUCUAUAACUCUUAUGGGAAUCAGGGGAACAAUAAUUUUUCAAAUCAACAAAAGUAUAACCAAGGGAGUAAUUGGAAGGCACAAGCUAGUUCCUCACAACCCCAAUCUGGAGCACCUAAUUUUGGGCAAUUUUAACUACUGCAACCGCCCUUAUCAAUGUCAAAAACGGAAUUGUCAAAUUUCGUGUUGGAGAUGAAGAACAAGAGUUUCAUGUUUUGGACUCUUUGAAAAACACCAUGAUGACCCUUCUUGCUUUAGCAUUGAUAUUAUUGACACGUUAACUAAAAAAUGUUUUGGGAAGGUGAUUCACGAAGAUCCCUUGAAGACUUCCAUCAUGCUAGGAUGCAACGAAAAAGAAGAAGGCCAUGAACUUCUUGAAGUUAUUAUGUACUUGCUAGCCGAAGCUCCUUUCAAACAUUUCCGACAAAUAUUUGAAGAUCUUGGAACAAGUAAGUCCACAUUAAAACCAUCUCUUGAAGUUCCACCAAAACCAUCUUUGAAAACUCUACCGGAGCAUCUGAAAUACUCUCUCCGUAUUUUAAAGUUGGCUACACUUUCCUUUUUUGGAUGUAUUUAAAAGUUUGCUACACUUUUCCUUUUUGACAAGUUUUUCCUUUAAAAAUACUCAAUUACCCUUACGUUUUCUACUUUUUAUCUUCUCUUUCAUACUUUUCUACCUUCUCUCCUACUUUUUUCACAUUAAUCAUUGCCCCUACUAUUUUACCUUUAAAUCUUGUGCCCAAACCUAUUGUAGAGAACAUUGAAGUACGGAGGGAAUAUGCAUUUCUUGGAGAUAACUCAACUUUCCCAGUAGUCAUUUCUUCUUCAUCUCUACAACAACAACAACGACAACACCCAAACCUUAAUACCAAAAGAUUUUGGGGCUGGCUGACAUGAAGAAAAAUUACUACGGGUAUUGAGAGACCACAAAACAUCUAUUGCAUGGUUCCUGACGGAUAUUAAGGGUACUAGCCCUUCUCUUUGCAUGCAUCAAAUUUUUAUGGAGGAAAAUCACAAACUCACGGUGGAGCAUCAAAAGCGGUUAAACCCCAACAUGAAGGAGGUGAUUAAGGAGGAAGUUCUCAAACUCCUUGACUAUGGCAUAAUUUACCCCAUCUCAGAUAGUAAAUUUGCAAGCCCCAUUCAAGUCGUUUCAAAGAAGGGCGGGAUCGCGGUGGUGGCUAAUAAUAAGAAUGAAUUAAUUUAUACUAGAAUGGUUACCCGUUGAAGGAUGUGCAUAGAUUACCGGAAAUUAAAAUCCGGCACAAGGAAGGACCACUUUCCCUUUCCAUUCAUGGAUGAGAUGUUCGAGCGUGUUGCGGGCAACAAAUUCUUUUGUUUCUUGGAUGGUUUCUCCGGCUAUUUUCACAUAGCUAUCUCUCCCAAGGACCAAGAAAACAACAUUCAAUUCACAUGUCCUUUUGACACAUUUUCCUAUAGAAGGCUGCCCUUUGGUUUAUGCAGCGCUCUCGGGAUAUUUCAAAAUGUGUAAUGGCAAUAUUUGCGGACAUGGUGGGAAACUUCAUGGAUGAUUUUUCUGUUUUUGGGAAUUCUUUUGACUUAUGCUUACUUUCCCUUGAGAAAGUAUUGACCCGGUGUGAAGAAACCGACUUGGCUAUUCCGCACUGUGAAGAAUAUGAGAGCAAUUUCCGAACUGGGGUAGUCUAUCAUCCACAAACCAAUGGGCAAGUUGAGGUGUCCAACCGAGAGAUCAAUUCAAUUCUAGAGAAAAUAGUCAUCACCUCUACAAAGGAUUGGACAUUGAAAUUAAAUGAUGUCCUAUAGGCAUAUCAGACAACUUACAAUACUCCGUUGAGUAUGUCACCAUACCGGCUUGUCUAUGGAAAGUCAUGUCAUCUUCCCGUAGAGCUUGAACACAAAGCACAGUGGGCACUCUCCAAGAUCAACCUUGAUCCUACACUCUCAAAGAAAAGAAGGAUAUUUCAAAUGGCGGAACUUGAAGAAAUUCGGAGAGAUGCAUAUGAGAACUCUCGCAUCUACAAGGAAAAGACCAAAGUUUGGCAUGACAAAAACAUCAACCAGAGGGACUUCUACAUCGGGCAAAAGCUCAAACAAAUGACCAAGCUCCAACCCAAAUCACCACUCAAGGUUGGAAAUCAUCUCUAGAAGCUCUAAAUCAACAUCAAGCAUCACUCUUCAAGCUCCUUCUUGCACAAUUUCAAGGUAAAAGAGCUAAAAUCCCUAAUUUCUCUAUUUUCAAAAUUUUCAAUUGGUCAUUCAAAAUUUGGAAAAAUAGAUGUUUAUAGUUGUUGCAUGUUGAUCACUUGUGCUCAUAUGAUGUGUAUAAACAUGUUUCAUUUCGAAAAUUUGAGAAUUUCGGGAAGCUCUUGAAAACUUUUCAAUUUUGAACCCUAGGUCCGAAUUUCCUGAUUAAUCUUAAAAUUCUUACUACAAUUGAUGAUUAGUAUGAUAUUGAAAUCCUUUGUGUUGAUAUAUUUACAUUCUAAGCCUAAUUGUUGCACCAAUUUGUGAUUAAUUUUGAAAAAUUGGGAAAUUCAUGAAAAAAUGCCUUGAAUUGAAGAGUUGUUGGUGUGGUGUUUGUAUUCUCUUCUUCUAACCAUUCAAGGAUAGCCCCAAAGCGGAAAUAAAACAAGGGUGCCUCAUCCUCUUCAUACUCCAACUCCCGUUUCACUUCUUGUGAAAAUGAGAAGUGGUACGAGACAAGAAAAAAGUGGGCGAUUGUGGUAGAGAAGACAGUUGACCCCUUAUCAACACCACAUUUGAGCUUACAGAGGCCUUCAUGCAACUAGGGUGGGCUGUGAUGCUUACUUUAACAGGAGCAUAUUACCCUCAAUUGGUUUGCGAGUUCUACGCCAACAUCACCGACAAAGACACGACCUAUGCUGUCAUCCACACCUCUGUCAAAGGCAAGAGUAUCAAAGUUGAUCCAAGCCUUGUCUCACGCCUCCUCAAAGUCACUGAUGAAGGAAACACCCUGAAAUUCAGUAAAAAGGGGAUCACCAAUGGCAAUACCUACGAUGAAGCUCGAACACGGGAACUGUAUGGGCUCUCGAAACUCCACACCAUAUAUUUGAACAUCUGUGAGCACCUCAUCAUCUACCUCAUUGGAUUUAAUAUUGUCCCCGAUCAAGUGACCGCCAUGUCGUCCGAAAGAUAGACAUCUACCUUCUCUCCAAAAUGGUAGAGGGACUGGGAGCAACUCCAGGAAUACCACUCCCCCGCCUUAUUCUCAAAAAUAUGAAAACUGUGGUACGCUCCAAAAGAGGUGAUAAGAAUUUCUGUUUCCCUCUUUUGCUUACCAUGAUUUUUAGACAUUCAAAGGUUGACCUAAAGGAGUAAAGGGUAAAUAAGUCAUUUACACUUGUGACUCCAACAUUUUGAACAAUACUACAUGGCCGCCCUUCAACAUAAAUUUGAGAAUGGGGAGUGGUAUUUCCCUUGACAUUUUUUUGCACAAUUACAUGAUGAUGAGGAGGAGAGGAUAGCUCAAGAGGAAGAGGAUAUGAAGGAUGACCUGGAUGACGAAGUCAUGCCCCAACCACAGAUGCCCCCACAGACUACUGAUCCCUCAAUGGCCUAUUUGAUCCAAUCCAUGGAUCGAAUGCAUAUGAGGAUGGACACAUAUGCGGCACGACAGGUUAAGAUGUACACCCGGCGAGAGGAGAUCCACACCCAUUAUGAUACCUUUGAGACACGCCAAGCAAGGAUUGAGGAGCAACUGCACGGUUAUGGCCGAAGGUUUGGACAAUUCACCCAAUAUUUUUAUGGCCAAUUUGGGUACCCCUCCCGAUCCACACCAUUGAAUACCCUUUGUUGUUAUUUU